AUUGUCGUUCUGAGCAUGCGUGGAAAUGCCUACACAAGAACGACGGAAGUGCUUGGAGCUCGAUGGGAAUUAUGUUCGGACUGUUUAAAAAGCCGAAACUUAUUAAACUGAGAGGUCUCAGUGAAAAUAAGAAGUAUGGAAUUGCGGCAAGGAGCCUGAAAGAACUUCUUAAGAAGGGGUGUAAAAUGUUGCAGGUCCCGUUGCCGGGUUCACAUAUUUGCUUGUACGAAGAUGGAACAGAAGUGACUGAUGACUACUUUAAAACCCUUGCUGUCAACGCAGAACUCGUUCUUCUCACCAAAGGCCAAAAUUGGAAAGGAUUUGUUUGUGACAUCGGCCAAUUGCUGGGAUUCUCAGACAGACACACCGAUAUCCUAAUCGAGUCGGCGCAGGAUUUACUGAUGGACGAACAUUCAGAGAAGAGACGCAGGAUCCUUACUGAUCUGCUCCAUAACCUUAAAGAUACCUCAGACGUCGAAGAACGAGAGCAGGAUGAAGACUGGUUCCAAGGGAUUGAGUCAAGAUUUAAGACCAAGUCUGAUUACAUGAAGUUCAACUGUGAAAACAGAAUACGGGGAUAUAUGAAAGAUGUUGAAGGGUAUGCCUCAAGUAUCCAGAGUGCCAAGGUACAGAGGGAGUACAAAGAGGUAGUGGACUGCAUGGCGGAGAAGUUGAAAUCUGCAAAGUACAACGGCUGUUACUUUGUCAGGAAAGAAAAGGAACGCAGCCGACUUUGCACAAAUGAAGGCUGGUUUUCCUGUCAGGGUGCAUUUGACCAAGAUAAAUGCUCAUCUCUCCACUCCAUAAACCCUUAUGGGAACAGAGAAAGCAGAAUCGUUUUCAGCACCUGGAAUCUUGACCACAGGAUUGAGAAGAGGAGAACCAUAAUACCUGCUCUUGCCAAAGCACUGCAAGGUCACAAGAGCAAUGACAUCAACUGGGAUUACUUCUACAGGCUGCUGUUCACGAAGGAGAAUUUAAAACUUGUGCACAUCGUUUGCCACAAGAAGCGUGCUCAUGACUUGCUUUGUGAUAGCAGGCAAAUUUACAAGAAACGAAAAAAGAUAUAAAAUGAAUUAGUCUGUUUGUGUUAUUGAAGAAAGGAAUUCUCUGAAAUCAGCUUUUCAUAUUUUUUAUGCAGUAUUUCCUAUAGAAAAAGGGACUUUUUAUAUACAAUUUUUAAAACUUGUACUAGCAGAAUAAUGGAUAAUUUCAUAUGUUUUUGUAACUUAAUUUGUAAUAUGUGCAACUGCUGAAGGAACAUUACAUUGUCAUGUUAAUGAUGCAGUAGAUGCUUUGCACUGUUCCAUCACCUGACGUCAGAUCAUCUGAACACAAAUAAAACCAUGGCUCACACAGCAGCACAAAAAGGA